AUGGAACGCCGCAUCACUCGCUCUGCAACACAGGCUGCCGCUGCAUUAAUUGCGGGAGAAGAAAACAGCCCUUCUGUCACUCAAGCACCAAACAUCAAUAAAGCGAACAAACGGAAACGUCUCGAUCCCACUAGCAAUUCCAAUACCACCAAUGCUCUGAAUACACCCAAAAUUAAAACAAUCAACCCCACACUUAAGCAAGAGAGAUCAGAUUUACCCCAAGCCUUGUUCAAUGAACUCCCCCACAACCUAGGAUCUGUCCCGGCCCCAUUGUCUAUAGCAACAGAGCCCAAAUCCUCAAUUGCUGGAUCUGACAAGGAAAACCAAACUGUGAAGGGGAAUCAGGUUAUCAAUCUGGCUACUGAGCUUCAAGACACUGUGAACAAAGCUACAACCAAGUUGAAGAAAGAACCCAAGAUUCAAACUACCCCAACUGGCCGCAAGCCAAAGAAGAAUACUUAUGGUUUGACACCUGGUGUCUCUCCUUUCCCCGAACUGGUUCGACCGACCGCCGAAGAGUGUGAAGACGUCAAUCGGCUGUUGUCCAGCAUUCAUGGCGUAGUCACUGCUCCGGCAACCAUUCCUGAGCCUUCCCUGACAGUCACCGGGUGUGGUGAGGUCCCAUCCGUUCUGGAUGCUUUAAUCCGCACUCUUCUCAGCGGUGCCACUACAGGCAACAAUGCCGCCAAAGCCUUUGGCGGGCUUGUGCAACGAUUCGGCAUUCUUUCAGAAGGCAUCGGCAAGGGAAGCGUGAAUUGGGAAGCUGUACGACAGGCCACCGUGAAAGACGUGUUUGAAGCGAUCAAAAGUGGCGGCUUGGCCGACAUCAAAAGCAAAAACCUCAAGGCGAUUCUUGACAUAGUCCACGAGGACAACCAGGCACGCCGAGCUACACUGCUAGAUUCUGAGUCCAAGAAUGACUCAAUGUCCAAGCUGGUUCCUGAAAAGGCUGAAAAAGACAAGCAAUACGAGAUUGCCUGUGCAGAUCAGAACUUCCUCUCCCUCAACCACCUCCAUAAUCUCAGCACUGAAGAAGCCAUGACCAAUUUGAUCAAGUACCCCGGAAUCGGACCCAAGACAGCCGCUUGCGUGAUCCUGUUUUGCCUCCAGCGGCCCUGUUUCGCCGUCGACACGCAUAUAUUCCGGCUCUGCCGCUGGCUCGGAUGGAUUCCUGCCCGUGCAAACGAAGUAACUGCCUUCAGCCACCUGGAAGUGCGCAUCCCCGACUACUUGAAGUACUCACUCCACCAGCUGUUCAUCCGGCAUGGAAAGACCUGUCCCCGUUGCCGAGCUGCUACCGGCGAGUCUAGUGCUGGGUGGGAGGACGGCUGUGUUAUUGAUCACCUUCUAAUUCGCGACGGGAAGCGCAAGGGCAGCGGUCCCACUGUGGUUUCUAAGAAGAAAGCUGCUGCUAAGAGCGCGGCUGGUAAGCGUAAGAGAAUGAACGAGGACUCUGAGGAGACCGAGGAAAGCGAGAGUUCGAUUUCCGACGAAACGAGUAGCGAUUGA